GGCCUUCUUGUGCUGCUGUACCACGUUGAUGACGGGUUUGUCGAUGUCUGCCAUGGUCACCAACGGGCCGGUCCGCGUGGGGGGCCUGUACGUCCUAGUGUCCCGGGCCCUGGGCCCCGAGUUCGGGGGCGCUGUGGGCCUCUUGCUGUACACCGCGACCACCGCCGCCGCUGCCAUGUACAUUAGAUGGGCCAUCACAAUACUGAGAUGGUGCUGCUACUCAGGCCUCAUCGAUGCCCUAUUAGCAUUCGAUCCAAACGGCGAGCGCGAAGGGCAAGUGUAUGGUUCGGUGCUGCUGGUCCUCCUUAUCAUCCUCGUCAGCAGAGGCAUCACCUUCGUCAGUGUGGUGGCCUCCAUCGUCCUGGCUUACGUCGUCUGCAGCAUCUUUUUCAUCAUCGUCGGCGUCUUCGUGCACGUCAACGGCUCCGACGAGGCCAUGCUGUGCACGUUUGGUCCCUGCCUGUUGAAGCUAGAAUACCGCUACUGCCCCCACAGUCCCCACGAAGGCUUUGGUUUACUGUGGGGGACGUACUGUACCGAUUGGCAACUGAGGGACACGACUAACUGCAGCAUAAUUCACAAUGUGCUGUAUUACGACAUGGGACACGACCUGCACCUGCGUCGCGGCGUCCCGGGACUUGCGUCGGGGGUCCUGGCCCGUGAGUGGGAGACUGGGACGUGGCCCUUAGUGGGGAACUGGGAUGUGGCCCGUGAGUGGGAGACUGGGAUGUGGCCCGCUAGUGAGAGACUGGGAUGUGGCCCUUAG